CCUGAUUGACACGGGAGUCCAGCACUCGGUACUGACUUCAGAAAAAGGGCCUUUAAGCUCCAAGAUUUUCCUCAGGCCUGGGCAGAGACUGCGGGAAUAGGGCUGGCCGUCAACCGGCCUCCCUUGAUCUGAAGCCCACGGCCAUUCCCGUGUCAGUUCGUCAAUAUCCGAUGGGCAAGGAAGCUAAGGAAGGUAUCCGGCCACAUAUCCAGAGACUGUUACACCUAGGCAUUUUAAAACCUUGUCGUUCACCUUGGAGCGCCCCCCCUACUACCAGUAGAGAGGCCUGGUACGGGUGACUGCCGCCCGGUACAGGACUUGCGGGAGGUUAACGGGAGAGCGGAGGAUAUGCAUCCCACGGUGCCCAACCCCUACAAUCUGCUAAGUACCUUGCCUCCGACCCACGCAUGGUGCACUGUGUUAGAUCUAAAAGGUGCAUUCUUUUGUUUAAGACUGAGCCCUCAGAGCCAAUCCAUCUUUGCUUUUGAGUGGAAAGACUCAGAGACCGGGUUUUCAGGACAACUCACCUGGACAAGGUUGCCUUAAGGAUUUAAAAACUCGCCUACCUUGUUUGAUGAAGCUCUGCACCUAGAUUUGGCCGACUUCCGAGUCAACCAUCCGGACCUGGUCCUCCUGCAAUAUGUGGACGACCUCCUCCUUGCCGCUGAAACUGAGCAGAGCUGCCACUCUCCUCAGCAUUCUCCUCAGCAAUUCAUUGCCCCGGGCACCAACGAGGAGACGACUCCGUAGCAAGGGGAAACAGGAUGGCAGACGAGGCCGCUAGGGCGGCAGCCCUGAGCCAACAGGUGCUCCCGUUAAAGACAAUUGAGCCCACCCAAGUAUCGAGGGAACCACCUUUCCUCUAUUCGGACCAAGACUUAGAUACGAUUCAGCGGCUCGGUGCAGAGUAUGAUGAACAAAUAAGGGUUUGGAGGCUCGGAGAGAAAAUAGUCUUGCCACAUCAAUUGGCUAAAGAAAUAAUUACCAGCCUCCAUCAAUGGACUCAUUUGGGAUACAAAAAGCUAAAAGCAGCCUUACAGGAAGAUAGGCAGUCUUACUACAUCCCCGGACUUGACUCUUUAGCCCAGCAGGUGACUGAAUCCUGUGUUCCGUGUGCCAAGGUAAAUGCCAGACACCUCAAGCUCCCGGAGGGAGCUAGGGUAAGAGGAGACCGACCAGGAAUCAACUGGGAGGUCGAUUUCACUGAGAUAAGGCCGGGCAGUUAUGGGAAUAAGUAUCUUCUAGUUUUUGUAGACACCUUCUCCGGAUGGACUGAGGCAUUCCCCACAAAACGGGAAACCGCCCAGGUGGUCGUCAAGAAGAUCAUAGAGGAGAUCUUCCCCCGGUUCGGCUUGCCUAAGUUACAGGCCCGGUUGAGAGCACUCCAGAUCAUCCAGAACCAGGUCUGGAAACCUCUUGCAGCAGCCUACCAACCCAAGACGACAACCAUUCCACAUCCUUUCCAAAUCGGUGAUGCUGUGUAUGUCCGAAGGCACCAAUCUAAGACUCUAGAGCCCCGGUGGAAAGGCCCCUUCACUGUGCUGUUGACAACUCCCACCGCUCUCAAGGUCGACGGAAUCGCUGCUUGGGUCCACGCCUCACACGUGAAGCAAGCACCACCUCCCCAGGGCCCCGAGGAUCCGGAUAGACCAGCCAAAUGGAAGCUCCAGCGCACUCAGAACCCACUCAAGCUAAGACUUUCAAAAAACUGUUUAAUAUUUAUGAUGUUCCUGGCCUUUCCCCAUUGUUUUUCCAAUCCCUAUGUUCCGCAAUUGUUAACGUGGAACCUAACCCAGUCCAGCAAGAACAGAGUUUCCUCCCUCCAGUGAGGCAGGUUCUCCCCAGGCCGGUUCAAUAGAUUUUAAGAUUAAAAUCUUUGCAAAAAGAAAAGGAGGGAAUGAAGGACCCUUAUGGGGGAGAGGGACAAGAAACUAGGCCUGGGCAGAUAUCAGGGGCUUCUUAAGAGGUUAGAUGUUCCCCAGGGUCCAGCGGGCACGUUCUCUGGGAAGGAAAAGUCUAUCCCCUUUAGAGAACCUCUAGGCAUGCCCAGAGCAGAGCUGCCACUCCCCCUUCGGAGAGUCUCAGUACUCUCCUCAGCAUUCUCUUCAG